ACCCUGCCUCAUUAUUCUCACACAAAAGUUGCACACAGUAAACAGUAAUCUCGUAGAGAGAGAAAGAGCGAGAGUGUGACGAGCCGGCAUCGAUUUAACUGAACAAAAUGCAGCUGCUGUUGUAAAUAGAGAGAGAGCCAAUGAGAGAGUGAUAGAGAGCAACUGUGCUGUCAGAUUUAGCGGGCAACUGUCACAUUGACCAUAACCUCACAUAACAAAUAUGAAGUGUAAAUAAACAAAUCCAUUUGGCUGAUGCGUAAAUCAGUUCCAUUUUUCCGUUUGUUUAACCAUUUAUUUUUCUCUGUCAAAAGUGUUUUCUCAAUGGUGAAUAUGGAGGUGGCUGAAAAAUUUGCUUAUCGUACCGAUCAAUUUGUUCCAUUCGGUUUGCACCGAGCCAUCGAAAGUGAAUUGUAUUGUACGGUGAGUCGAUCGAAGGCAUACAUUCUGGAGUUGAUUUAUACUCAUCACAGUGAUGAACGGAUUUUUGUGGAACAAUCAAUACUGGACGAUCUGAGUAAAUUUAUGCCGAGCCAUGGUGUGCCAAAGAAUGCAGCGAAUAUUUUCAAUAAAUCGACAAAACCACAACAGGAUCGUUUGCUGGUGGAUUAUCAUUUAAUGACAGAAGAGCUAAAGGUGAGCGGUGAACGUGUGGCUAUGUCACACGCACGAUGGUCACCGUUACAAUCACAGUUGGCUGGCAAACAUUAUUUGGCCUAUCUAACGAAUUUUGGUGGCUGUGAAAUUCGACGAAAGCACACGGGCAAGAUGUCAUGGUGUUUUGUUGUUCAUAAUAUAGCCAAAGAAUGGAUGAUACUGUGUCAAAAGAACAUGAAAUUUGCGUUCAAUUCAUUUGAAACAUUUGAAGAUGCAGUGUAUAGCAUAAAAAUAACCGCAAUCGCAUGGAACCAUACGGGGGUGGGUGUCGAAAGGAAAUUACUGGAUUUUUGUUUUGUCACCGCUAAUGGAACCAUUGCAUUCUAUGACAUCGGAACGGAUACGUUGCAAUUGAAAUUCCAGAAGAAAUUAAAUCUCAAACAAACCAAUGCCAUCGAAUGGUUUACGUUUACGGAUAAAAAUAAUCGUCAUCGAUCGUAUAUCGUUGCAUGUGAAAUCAAUGGUGUAAUUAGUUUGCUUCGCAUCCGAUACGAUGAUCAACACAAUGGGAUCAACAGUAUUGUUGAUGUCAUUGAGACGGCACAAUUGUUCGGUGAAUCAGACGGCGUGUGUGCGAACGGCAUCCAAUGGGAAUAUUGUAAACAAAGUAAUCAGCUCGUUUUUGUAAUUUGUAAGGGAAUGCACGUGUUCGCCUAUUUAUUCAGUUUGAAUAACGAAACUGUGCUAUCAUCAUGUAUCCAUUACGUCGGACAUUUGACGAUAAAUGGUAUCACAAAACGAAAUCCAUUGGAAUAUAUUGUGGGCACAUUGAAUGGUCAUUUGGAGUGUUUACAAUUGAAUAUUAAGACAAACACCAUUUCAAUCACAUCGGACGAACUGAAACCACCGAACGGACAUUCGAAAUAUGCACUCUAUGGAUUGACUUCUUCAGGAAAUAAUGCAUUCCUUCUAGUGGCAUACUUUGCCGGGAAGCCAUAUGAUCACUUGGCGUUGCGCGAACCGGGUCAUGUGAGUGUUUGCCAUCAACUCGGUGGCUUUAAAUCGUUGGAAGUACUGCUAAAUAAUCCGACACACAGUUUGUCCGGUGCGCAGGAUUUGGCGGAAGCAAUUCGAAAUACGCAACUACGAAAUGACAGAGUAUUUAAAGACUACCUUGACAUCUAUCCCACCGAAAUGACUUGCACCGCCGAAUACGUUUAUUCGCUAAAAGUACGCUUGAUCGUGACAAGUGCUCGAAGUACCUACUUGAGACAAAAGAAUCGAAUGAUUGAAUCGGGCAAUUUUCUUGGCGAAUACAACAUUUUGAAAAAGUUCAUAUUGGCCAUUCAAUCCUACUCGAUACUGUUGCGUCUCAAUAAAAACACCAACAAAUUGACACAAUUCCAAAUAAUUUCGGCACAAUGCCAUCGCACAUCACUGCGGGAUUUCAUCAAUUUGAGCAUAUUCGACGAGUAUGAAGCGAUCAAAGUGCAAUUUCAUCCACUGAUUGAAGCGCUAUUGACGGCCAGCGCUGGUCUCGAUAAACGUGGCGUGGAAAAAUGCGUAUAUUGCGAUGGACCAAUCGAUUGCAUCAGAGGAAUUUGUGAACAAGAACAUGACCUACCAAGAUGUUGCAUAUCAAUGACUCAAAUACCGAUGAUGAAUCAGCUACAAUGUAUCCAUUGCCAGAGUUUUGCACUCGACGAUAUCACAAAACUAAAACAAAUCUUACCUUCUCUAAAUGCGGACGAAUCGCUUAUCUGUCCGAUAUGUGAUUUGCCAAUGGAUCGACCCCAUUUGACUUUCUUCGAUCAUAUUGACUGAAUCAAUCAACAACAAGCACCAUCAGAACGAUUUAACCGCAAAAAUGGACAAGAAGCGGAAUGAAACGAAAAAUUAUUGUAUAAGUAAUACCCAUCAAACAAAAUUUAGUUUUUUUUUUUUAAUUAAAUAGUUUUAAUAACUCUUUCCAACAAAAAUAUAAUAAACGUUUAUAGCAUAAUGAUAUAUGUACAAAAUAUAUUUUCUGCAAAAUGUCUGA